AUGAGCGAUGCAGCCGCUGCCCUCGCAUGGGUAAGAAAGACGCUCCCAUCUCUCCCUCUGGCUAGAAAGGACAUUCACCUGGAUGGUGAAAAUGUUGUUGCGGUUGGGUGGAGUACAGGUGGCCUCCUGGCAAUGAGCUUUGCGUGGAAGUCGGCAGACUUCGACAUUAGGCCUCCCGAAGGUGUUCUUGCCUUUUACUCGCCUUCCGAUUACGGGGAUCCCUUUUGGACACAACCAAACAUUCCCGAGGGAUCAGAGAAGGUUUUCCCGGUUGAAGCUGACUGGGACUCCAUGGCCUUUGAUCGGCGGCCCAUCACGGCAUACAAUCCACCAGCAUCGGCUCAGGCGGCGGGUGGGUGGAUGUCGACCCAGGAUCCCCGCUCCAAGUUGGCCUUGUAUAUGAACCAUCAAUGGAAGACACUUGACGUUCUUCUCCAUGGUGUUGCCGCACUCGAUGGACACCGACAAGUUACCCGAGAGGAGGUCUUGGCCGUGUCUCCUUUGGCCAAGGUUCAGCAGAACCUGUACCACACGCCAACCUUUAUCAUCCACCCGCGUGACGAUGACUUGAUACCCUGGCAGCAAGCCGAGAGGAUGUACGAGGCUCUGAGCGAGAAAGGUGUUGAUGCUGAGCUGAGAAUUAUCGACGGUGGAGCAAAACACCUCUUUGACAUUGGCAAGUGCUGGGAAAAGAGAUGCCCGCAAGGCCGUGAAGCGGUACAAGAGGGAUUUGAGUUUUUGGAGAAGCGUGUCUGCUGCUGA